CCUUUUCAUAAUGGAGACUUGCCUUUUCAGAAGAGUUAUACUGACUGACAGUGAAGACUUAUAUCAUACAAUUGUGUAGUUAUUUUGAACUCUGAAAAACUUCCCUUUUUCUGUCGGAACUUAUGCUCUACACUUGGAGUGGUCAAAAUUAUAAGAUGUCCUAUAAAUGUUCAGAGGAAGGUGUAAUCAAAAGUCACAACUCCGUCUUGAUUUACAAAUCAGGGACAGAGGAAGAUGAAAACCACACUCCAGACAGUAACUUAAUUGAACUCUCCACUAAGAUAUUAAAAGUGAAGAGGCUGGAAGAAAUCACCACGUGCUACAACAGUAACCACCGGGAGAAAAUGGCCUUCUUCCAGUGCAUGGACAAGGAUGAGAAGAUGGAAUGUUUUCUGGAAGAAAGUUCUAGUGAACAGGAUUCAGGAUCUGGAAAUAAUGAGGCUAAGGAGAAGGUAUGGUUAUACCCCGACCUGAAGGAAAUGGCAUCUAUCCAAGGAAAGAGGACAUCAGCCCUCACAGAGAGAUCUUCCCAGAAGAACCAGCCUUCCUAUGACAAAGAAAAGGUUAAUAAACUCAACAAGAAAAAUUCUGAGAAGACCAAUGCCUCUCUAGUUCAGAGAAGUUUUGCCACAUUUCAUACAAAAAGAUCACGUGAUGAGGUAGAAGAUUUUGCUCUAAGAAAGUCCAUAGAGCCAAGAGAAGACACAGCUAGAAGAGAAAUUUUAUGCGCACAGAGAGUGAACAGACAAGAAAAUAAUAGUGUUGGAGAUGAUAGACAAGCUACUGUGGAUAAAAAUGAAUGUCCAGUGUUCAAAGAAAAGGAAAAUGGGCUUCAUUCUAAGGAAGAUACCAGUGAAAGAGAACCUGAGAAAAAAGGGGGGUCAUCGAUUACAAAUGAAGCAGUGAUGGACAAGAGUUCAAAUAAAAAGCAAAAUGAUAAUAAAACUAAUGGUGAUCAGUUCUAUAAAAGGUCUAUCAGCAAUGUAAAAGCCAUUUCUACAUCACGAGUCCUGGGAAAUGCAGAAAUAAGACCCAUUUUCCAGAAUGCUGAACAAACAGAGCAUGCUAUCAGUAGUACGCAGAGCAUGAUGGAAGAACGAUUCAUCAAAGAAGACAGCAAAAUGUGCAGAACAGAUGUAGCAAGGACAGCUGAAGGACACACAUUGAGAAGGACACAGGAAAUCAGACAAGUCCAGGGGAGCUCACAAGGCCAACCCCUGGGGUCCACUGGAAUUCAAACCUCCAGACAGAGAGAUCUGGUGACUCCAUUGGAUGACUGCCUGGCUCCUCCCGCACCCUUUCAUCACCGGAUUGUAACAGCCAAACAGACAGCCAUCAACAGUUUUUAUACCGUGAGCAGAACAGAAAUUUUAGGAGGGGGGCGCUUUGGCCAGGUUCACAAGUGUGAAGAGAAAGCAACAGGUCUGAAGCUGGCUGCCAAGGUCAUCAAGACCAGAGGCAGGAAGGAUAAGGAUGAAGUGAAGAAUGAGAUCACUGUCAUGAAUCAUCUGGAUCAUGUGAACCUCAUCCAGCUCUAUGAUGCCUUCGAGUCUAAGAAUGACAUUGUCCUCAUCAUGGAGUAUGUGGAUGGAGGUGAGCUCUUUGACAGGAUCAUUGAUGACAACUACAGUCUGACUGAGCUUGAUGCCAUCCUGUUCAUCAAGCAGAUAUGUGAGGGAAUACAACACAUGCAUCAGAUGUACAUUCUCCAUUUGGACCUAAAGCCUGAGAAUAUCCUGUGUGUGAAUCGUGAUACUAAACAAAUAAAAAUUAUUGAUUUUGGAUUGGCCAGAAGAUACAAACCCAGAGAAAAGCUGAAGGUGAACUUUGGAACUCCAGAAUUUCUUGCCCCUGAAGUUGUGAACUAUGAUUUUGUUUCCUUUCCCACUGACAUGUGGAGCGUGGGGGUCAUUGCCUAUAUGCUACUUAGUGGUUUGUCCCCUUUCCUGGGUGAUAAUGAUGCUGAGACCCUGAACAACAUCCUGGCCUGCAGGUGGGACUUAGAGGAAGAAGAAUUUCAAAACAUCUCAGAGGAGGCCAAGGAGUUCCUCUCCAAGCUUUUAAUUAAGGAGAAAAGUUGGAGAAUAAGUGCAAGUGAAGCUCUCAAGCACCCUUGGUUGUCAGAUCACAAGCUCCACUCCAGACUCAAAACACAGAAGAAGAAGAAUUACAGCUCCAAUACUCGGGAAUUUGUGACCAAAUAGUCUACAGAAAGUGCCCAGUGAAAGGAAAACUGCUGGGAUUGCUGCUGCUUUGAGAUUUUUGGAAAAAUCAGCAGUUCUGAUGCUUUGACCUCCACGAUGACUGGUGGCCUUGGGGGAGUGGGGGCUGCCACGAACUCAGGGGCACUCCAGGGGGACUCCCAGUGUGUUGGUCCCAGGGGUACAGGCAAACCCCACACCCUUUUCUUCACUUUCUCACACUCUGUGGUAGUACACACUUGGGAAGAUAUUUUCCUGCCCUCUUGAGUUUUUUAUUUUUUAUUUUUAUUUCUUGAUUUUAGUCAUAGGACAAGGGGUGUUUAUUUCUGCUAUUUCUCAGUGUACUAGCACAAUCAUACUGGAUAUUUAUUUUAAAACUUGGAGGAUGAAUUUAGAGGAAGAAAACUUCUUCCAGUCAAUGAACUAUGCCUUUCAAAAGGGUAACCGUAUCACCAAAAAAAAAUUCUGAGUCAAUUGAACACUUAGUUUCUUAGCCUUUAUUAUUUUGAUGUGGUCUAAAAUCAGGUAAACCCAAUCAAUAAAUAAUUUGCUUUCUGGAAUAUAAACUUUCUUUGAAUUCUAGGACAAGAGGCAUCAGACAUUCUUCCAUUUAUUAUGCAUUUUCCUCCAAGUGCAUCAGUUUCUCCCAAGUAACUGAUUUUAUUUCACAUGAAUAUGGUAAUAUGCAUUUUCAUAAUGUAUCCCUGCUUUCUUCUGACUGAACACUCAUCCAUGUGAAAUACACUGGUUUUGAGAGGUGGUGCAAGAGAUAUAUGUUUAUGGUUGGUUUUUAAAAACCUUUGAAAUAAUGUUAACAGUGAUGAGAGCUUUCCUCAUGCCAAACUUGUGGACAAGAUGGGACUUGUUUAUCCUGUGGAAGGACAGUGCUGUGCUUCCAAUGUUGAAGUGACUUGGGAAGUAGUCCUCAAGUAAACUCAAACAAUUUUGGAGCCUCAUGAUCUUACCUACAUGGAGUCUCAUGAGGUUUGGUGGUUGUGAAGAAGGAGGAUUAGAAAUCAAAGGUGAUGGGGACACCUCUGCUCAUGUUUUUGGACAUAAGCAGGAUUUCCAGUUGGAAGUUUCUUCUUGUUCCUGAGCUCCUAUACCAUUUUAUUACAGAUAUUUAAUAAGGGAAAUAAGAUCUACUGUGUAUGGAACAAAAAGGCACAGGGCCACUCAAGAAUAAAGCAUGGCAUGGGUUCUUUAUGAAAAAGACACAAUGCAAAACUACACUUAACUCCAAUUACACACCCAACACCAAGCUCACCAUUCAGCUUCUCACACUUUCCUCACACUUUCCAUUUCCAAAUAACUACUCUAUUGAGAUCCGCUGAAAUAGUAUCUUAAUUUUUGGCUAUAAAUUGUUCUAGGCUCUUUCUGUCACAAAAUCAAUGAAAUGAAAUAAGAAUAAUGUGGUGGCUAUAUUUGUGAGGGCAGUUUUAACUUGUAUUGGCUUUUCUCCAUUAUUUUUUAUAUACACCUAGUGAAUCCUUAUAGCAUACCCAUGAACAACUAUCUACCAAUGUCCUUAUUUUCAUGUGUAAGGUAAUGAGGAAGUAGGGAAAGAAGAAAAUGUUUAAUUUAGUUAAGGCCACAUGCCAAUUUAGUGGUCAUGCUAGCUAUGAAACUUACUCUUUUCUAGCCUUGGCUCUUACAUUAUGAUGCAUUUCUUUUUUCCUUUGGCCUAUGCAUUUAUCCAAGGUUGGUUUCUGCUGUUCCUGUUAUGUGACUAUGCAUAAAAUGUUUAAUUUAGUUUCCUUUAAAAAAAAGGUCCUGUGACUGAAGUGUUAUAUUGCUGUGCUAUCUUUAGCUGAUGGUAUUCAUAGAGUCUGGAAAAAUAUAAGCCAGUACACACAUUAAUACUCAGACCACAGAGAGCUGGCAUUUACUCAAACGCUAAAUAAGACACAAGGGUCUGAUUUGAAAGCCCACAUGGAAGGCUUUUCAGGCCUGUGGUGAGCAUUCUCUACCAAAUGGAGCAGAGGUCUUUUGCAUGAUGUGCAGUUUGCAUCCAGCUCCCGUUCUGCCUCACAUUGGCAGAUAAACGUUCCCCAAGCUCCACCACACAUGGAAGACACAGCUUAGGCCAGAUAAAGGAAUUAUUUCUUUGCCAAAUGAAUCCACUGAUGACCCUGAAUUUAGUGGUUGUGACUUUUUCACAAAAGGUUUAGAAAGGAGACUCUACUUUGAAACUAGAUCUUUGAAUUUCCACAUUUGGAUUAGGAGGCAUCCCCAUGCCAGCAGGGUGCCUUUUACAGGAUUGCUGAGGAUAGUUUGAAUUGCAGAGUUGAUUAUUACAGUCUAGAGUGAGGUGAAAGGGGAGAAAUUUAAGUCUCCUGCUUAUUCUGUUGCAUUCUUCCAAACCCAUGUGUGGCUGCUCCAGCGAGAGCCCCAACUUGGUAGAUUGCCACUGUGAUGGCACAGCAGAGGGGGCAAUUAGCAUGGACACAUAGAAGCUGAGUCUGGUUAGACUGGAGCUAUUGUGAUUGAUUUUUCCAAGAAUCCAUUAAGAUUUGAGAGCCUGUAUUUCACCUCCAGUGUCUUAAUGAGGUUACAUGGCUUCACUCACUUGAAUUAGGCAGUUGCUCUUUCAGUAAAUGGAGCAAAUUAAACACUGAUGUGGCACUUCUCACUGCCUGGAGAGAAAUAUACCUUACAAACUGUUAAGGCAAAAUCAUGUCCACAUUUGUAAUUUUUAAGAUACCAGCAUUUACUCAGAAUCUGUUGCUACUUAAAAAUCAGGGAGGAAGAGCUCAUGCUUCCAUUUGUAGCACAGAAAUCUCUGAAAUAGAAAUGGAUUGUCACCUGAGCCAACUUGGGGAAUAGAUUUCUAGGUUAAAAUUAGAUAAUUCUCAUGUUUGUUGAGUACCAUAGGUUUCUUUUUUAAUUGUUUUUUUCCUGAGUUAAUAUUACCUUGCUUUCUUUCCUCAAAAAUGUUAAUAGGCAUGCUGCCACUGUCAUGGCAUACUUUAAUGUGAAUGUAUUUUGAAAGAGUUCUGAAUAUUUCAAAUUUUAAUCAUUUUUAUAAAAAUUAAUGUAUCAAAAUUUUUCUUGUUUUAGAAUCAAAAUAUGAAUUUGAUACUAGGGAAAUGAGGGUCUUGCUCUUCAUUUCAUUCCUUUUUUUGUCCUUCCUGCCCCACUUCCUGACCCCAGCAGUUAGAUGAAGGCAACCAGUAUGUGUGCAUGUGUUUGUUCAGUUGGCUGUCAGCCAGUUGAGGGAGUCUCAUUAGGAAAAUUCAUCUGUGAAAGUGUAGUGACAGGGGGGACCCAGGGCACCUCCCUGGCUGUGCUCCAUAGACUCAGCCCAGCUCUCUGCUUUCUGGCAAUUUGGUCAUGGGUACAGGGUACACAACCACUGCCCCUCAAUUCUCCCCAGCCAUCAUGGUCCCAGCUUUACUUUUGCUCUUUAUUUUAUUUUUUUACUUCUUUCUGUUUUUCUUAAGUUAGAAUCGAAGUUCAUCUUCACAUUCAUUAUGAUGCUCCCCUAAAAGCCUUUUUUAGGGUGAAAGUUAUAUUUCCAAAAGGCAAACUGCUUUGUUUCCUAAAUAAAACUUGAUGCUGUACUUAUUAGAUGUUAAUUCCUAGAUUAAGAUUACUUCCUUGCAUAACAUGAGCCUACACUUUCUCAUACUAGAAAUUCUAUAUAUUUCUCCUAGCUCCAUUUUAUUCAGGUGUGUUUUUUAUAAUUGAUCUUUACAUAAGCAGUUUCGCCUUCCAUGAAGGCUUACAACUCAACUACUACUUAUUCAGAAGAGCAGCAAACAUCAUAUACCUGAGUGUACAUGUGUUGCCUUACAUGUAUUUUGUAGUUGUUUCAGCUGGUAGAUGUCAGUGGGUCCUUCCAAUGAGGUGUAUCUGUGUAGAUAAAGAAUAAAAGUGGAUUCAUAAUGUGGUGAUUGCAUAUUUCAUGUACAUAUUUUAUUUCUGAACAUCAUUUCAUUCAGCUGUAUUUCAUUGCCUUACAAAGAUGUAUGACAGUCAUUCAUACGUCUUAUAUUGAUGAAUAAACAUGGACCUUAUUUA